UGAGAGGUCACCAAGAUGGCGGCGGUGGCGGUGUGGCGGGCGCUGAGGGCAGCGCGGCCGCCGCCGGUUCCGCGCCGCGGCCUGGCCAAGCCCGCGGGGCCGCCGAGCGCCCGGCACCUGCGGGAAGACGAUGAGGCCGCCCCGGUCUUCCAGUACGUGGGGAAGGCGGCCAAGCGGAAGGAUCGCGUCUUCGUGUGGGGCUUCAGCUACUCGGGGGCGCUGGGCGUGCCCAGCUUCGUGAGGCCGGACGCGGGCUGGAAGAAGCCGCGGCGCAUCCAGGCGACGCCCUACCGGCUGGAAACGGAGGAGAAGAUAACCUCUGCUGCCUGUGGUUACGGAUUCACACUGCUGUCGUCUAACACCGCCGACAUCACCAAAGUGUGGGGCAUGGGCCUGAACAAGGACUCCCAGCUUGGAUUUCAGAGAAGCAUUAGAGACAGAACUAAAGGCUAUGAAUACGUCUUGGAACCAUCUCCAAUUCCAUUACCACUGGAGAAGCCACAGAAGACUCGAGUCCUGCAGGUGUCCUGUGGGCGAGCUCAUUCCCUGAUCCUGACAGAUAGCGAAGGAGUCUUCACCAUGGGAAACAAUUCUUACGGGCAGUGUGGUCGGAAAGUUGUUGAAGAUGAAAUUUACAGUGAAAGCCAUUUAAUUCAUCAGCUGAAUGAUUUUGACAGCAGAGUUGUCCAGGUUGUGUGUGGGCAGGACCACAGUCUGUUUAGAACCCAGAAAGGUGCUGUCUUUGCGUGCGGUUGGGGAGCUGAUGGACAAACAGGUCUUGGACACUACAAUAUCACCAGUGUUCCAACUAAGCUAGGUGGUGACAUUGCUGGAGUAAACAUUAUCCAAGUCUCUUCCUAUGGGGACUGUUGUCUGGCUGUUUCAGAUGAGGGAGACCUCUUUGGUUGGGGAAAUUCAGAAUACUUGCAGUUGGCAUCUGUCACAGAAACCACACAGGUGAACGUUCCCAGACAUUUGCCAUUCAAGAUCGGGAAGAUAAAGGAGGCUGCGUGUGGAGGUACUGGCAAUAUUGUGCUAACUGAAGAAGGAAGUGUUUUUGUUUGGGGAUACGGAAUUCUUGGGAAAGGACCAGCCCUAAUCGAAUCAGCAGUGCCAGAGAUGAUCCCCCCCAGCCUGUUUGGCUGGUCAGACUUCAGUCCAGACAUCCGUGUUGCUCGUGUUCGCUGUGGACUCAGCCACUUUGCGGCACUUACAAACAGAGGAGAACUCUUUGUAUGGGGCAAGAAUCUAAGAGGGUGCCUGGGAAUUGGAAGAAUGGAAGACCAGUAUUUCCCAUGGAGGAUGACACUUUCCAUAGGUGUAAGUUCCUGCAAAAGCAACUGGUGACUAUACCCGGGGAAGUGGUGGAUGUUGCGUGUGGAGUUGAUCAUAUGGUAAGCAUGGUUAAAUCUUUCACUUAGUAAUAUUGCUGAACCUCGACUCUGUGCUUCGAAGAUGAGGGUUGUGGAGACAAGCUUCUGAGAAAGGAAGGCUCGCUCCAGGGAGCCAGGCAAGAAGUGACUGUGAGCAGAGACAGCCAUAGCAGUGCCUGGGUGUGCUGUCAUACCUGCAUCGUGGAAAUGCUCCAGCCUGGCUGCAGGGAGGAAUUACAUUCCCCAAGGAGAGUGGAAACAAAGGGAGUGCUCUGGCAGCUUCUUGGCAGGAUCCCUAAGUCUGACACCCAGCCUGCAGCUGGUGAGUCCCUCUGGGCCUAAGGAUGAAGAGCAUCUAUCUCCCUCAGGGAAGACUGGCAGGAGAUGAAAUUUGUAGCUCAGGACAUUCAUUUAUGGAUGCUUUCUCUGUUACCAGCUCUGGCACAUCAGUGUUGGACUGAGCCAAGCUAUUUCUCAAGAGAAAACUUUUUGUUACUGUGUUUUUUUUUUUAUGUGGAAGAAAACUCAUUCUGGUGGUUGGAGUCCAGCACAGCUGUCCCUAGCAUCCACCACCAGCUGUGGACUCUGAAGACUGAGCAUCCAAGGAACACAUUCGUUCAACUGGGAGAGUGAGAACUUGUCUGCAGGGGGAAAGUACUGCUAAAUAAGACAAUGUGGAAAGAUAAAUCAUAUGCUGCCUACGCUACCACUGCUGUGGAAGCACAGAUUGAUGGACAGUGGAAGGAGGCUGCAAACAAAGCUCCCUCCUAACUACAUGCAGUGGAAAUGAGCAGCACUCACUUGGUCAAGUACUUUGUCCUCAUGCUGCUGCCUUUGGCUUUCGGAAGUUCUUGCGCUCUUGUCUGCUGGGCCAUGAUUGCUCCCAGUUGCAAAGAGCCUUUUUGAAUUAGCCUGGCUUUUCUGCAGCGUGUGGCAGAGGAGGGAGUCUUAAUGGGCAAGAAGCAGAGUUACUGCAAAGCCUUGUUUCUUGGUGCCUUCUCAGUAGAGAAGUUGUUGCAGUAAGCACAUCUGAGAUCCAGAAGGCUAAAGGAGGUGGGAUGCAGAACCGUAUGUACUCGUAGAAGGCACUGAGCUGGAAAGCUGCUGUGAAAUACUCCAAACCUCAGGCAGAGUUGUAUCAUAUGUCUCUCUAGGAGAUGCCUCUACUUUGUAAAUUAUUUUUUUUUCCAAAAUCCAAGCAAAUGUUUUUAAUAAAGCCAUUAUAAAGUCUUUGUA